AUGGCGGAUCCAGACACUGAAGACGAGGAUGAGGAGGAGGAGGGAAAAUUGAUAUUUCUCGGGGAAUAUGAUGGAGAACGUAAUGAGGCAGGUGAACGUCAUGGACAUGGGAAAGCACUGUUGCCCAAUGGAGAUGUAUAUGAAGGACAAUAUAAAAAUGGUAAAAGACAUGGUCAGGGAACCUACACAUUUAAGAAUGGUACUCGGUACAUUGGACAAUACAAAGAAAAUAAAAAACACGGUCAAGGCACAUUUUUCUAUGCAGAUGGAUCAAAAUAUGAAGGAGAGUGGGUAGAUGACGAAAGGCAUGGCUAUGGAGUUUAUCAUUACCGAAAUAAUGAUACAUAUUCAGGAGAAUGGUUUGCUGGCCACAGGCAUGGGGAAGGAGUUUAUUUCUAUGCUGAGACUGGUACUAAGUUUUCUGGUACUUGGAAAAAUGGACACCAACUGGGACCAGGAGAAUUAAUUCAUCAAAACCACAAAUUCCUGGGCAACUUUGUACAAAAUAAUCCAAUGGGGCCAGGCAAGUUUGUUUUUGAGAAUGGAUGUGAGCAGCAUGGUGAAUAUGCUAUUGAAAAUCUGGGAACAGGAGAAGAGGAAGUGGAAGAAAUUUACAAAUCUCCUGUUCCAGUAUGGAAAGCUAAAAAAAUUACUCCAUUAACACUCUGGAAACCACCUGUUCUUGAAUUACCAAUACCAUCCAAGCCAUCACCAACAGAAACAUCUGCAGAACAAGAUGCUUCAGAUGAAGGUUAA